CUGCGUUUAGGCGUGGUGAGGGUGGGAUUUAAGAGAGAACUCCGGAGGCCGGUGUAAUGAGAGCCGCCGGCCUCUAGGGGACGGCCGACUCCGUAGCCGACCACAACGCUACGGGCAAUGCUUCCCCUCCCCUCGUCCCUGAGCGCAGUGCUGCCGGCGCCUGCGCACUCAGCCUCUUUCCGCUCCUGCCUGCCUGCUUGCCUCCCUCCUCCGCCUGUCAGUCGCUGUGCAGCCGCCGCUGAGAGAUGGGCCUGGCUCGAGGAAGCGGGGACGCUGCUGCCGCUGCUCGGUGGAGUUAAAGAUUUGGACCAGCAUACUACGGGGAGUUUUGUUAAUAACAGUAUUAACAAUUCAGACAGGCUGCACAGUGAUCACUGAAAGACCCAAUUUUCUUAAGUUCAAGUGACCUAUCACAGCCAGAGCAAUGUCCUAUGUUUUUGUAAAUGAUUCUUCUCAAACGAAUGUACCUCUGCUGCAGGCUUGUAUUGAUGGGGAUUUUAACUAUUCCAAGAGGCUAUUAGAAAGUGGCUUUGACCCAAACAUUCGUGACAGCAGGGGCCGUACAGGCCUUCACCUUGCAGCAGCCCGAGGAAAUGUAGACAUCUGCCAAUUGUUGCACAAAUUUGGUGCUGAUCUCCUGGCCACAGAUUAUCAAGGAAACACAGCCCUUCACCUCUGUGGUCAUGUGGAUACUAUACAAUUCCUUGUUUCCAAUGGACUCAAAAUUGACAUUUGCAACCACCAAGGUGCAACACCUCUGGUAUUGGCAAAGCGAAGGGGAGUGAAUAAAGAUGUCAUCCGAUUGCUGGAAUCAUUGGAAGAACAAGAGGUGAAAGGUUUUAACCGAGGAGCCCAUUCUAAGCUGGAAACCAUGCAGACUGCUGAAAGUGAAAGUGCCAUGGAAAGCCAUUCUCUCCUCAAUCCCAAUUUACAACAAGGGGAAGGAGUACUCUCAAGUUUCCGAACCACAUGGCAGGAGUUUGUGGAGGAUCUGGGCUUCUGGCGCGUGUUGCUUCUGAUUGUUGUCAUUGCACUACUUUCUCUUGGAAUUGCAUACUAUGUCAGUGGUGUUCUUCCCUUUGUGGAAAAUCAGCCUGAACUGGUACAUUAAAGUUAUGGAAAGAAGGCAGGUGCCCCAUGCCUGCUUCUCAGCUGUGUUCUAAAUUUCCCAAAAUGCUUCUCCCAGUACAAUGCUAGUACUAUAUCAUUUGGCUUUUAUACUAUUUAGUGUAUUUGUUACCCUUUAAGAAGGGAGAUUUAUUGAUCUGAAUUAACUGUUCUAAAGUCUAAAGUAUUUUAAAGCUACCUCUGACACAUUCUAACAUUUUAAUACAGCCUAGGAGUAGCAGGAACCAAUUUUGAUAAAACAUGAGGAUUAAUAAAGAAUGAAAAUAAAAUGAAUAAUAAUCCUCAAUCCAGAAACCUUAUCUUAUCACAAGGACCAAUUAAAUGCAGUUUUUAGCAAAAGAAAAGUUGAUAUGGUACAAGGUAUUCUCAUUGAGGCAAAACUGCCUUUAUAACAUUGUGGGUUUUUUUCUCUAGAGUAAGGAGGGAAAGAAGAAUGAAAACUCAUAUUUAACACUGAUUAGCAAUCCCAUAUUAACACAUUGAUAGGUUAUAUGGGUAGUGAGGCAGCUAGGGAGUAUAGUGGAGAUAGUGCUAGACCUGCAGUCUAGAAAACCUGAGUUUGAACCCUAGAUAUUUACUAGCUAUGUAACUCUAGGAAGAUUUGCCUAACUUCCUUGGGCCUCAGUGUCCUUGUCCGUAAAAUGAAAGGGUUAGAUUCUGUGGCCUCUAAAGUUCCUUCCAGCUCUAAGUCUAUGAACCUAGUUGAUAGGCUAAUAUUGUAAGCCAGUAAGACCUUGGUUCAAGUCUUUAACAUUUAUUGACUGUGUGACCAUGGGUAAGCCACUUAACCUCUCACUGCCCCAGGUAACUAAGUUUAUAUGUUAUAGAUAAAUAGAUGAUCUGUUCUCUUGAACUAACAAGGAACUCCCCAUAGCUAGGAAGCCACACAUCUGGACCCACUCAUAUAGUUUCUUGUUCUGUCACGAAACAAAGCUUUGGGAAUAAGCUACAUUUCAGUCCUUACUUUUUGUUUUCUUUAAAAGUGAUUGAAUCAAUCUUAUGUUAUUUAUUUGUGUUGUUUUUUCAGGUAAUAUUGUGUUAAUGGUGUUAUAGUGUCUUUGAGGGGGUGGUUGCAUUGUUUAAUUUGUUUUUUUUAUUUUCAGGCUGCUUUGGUAUCUGUGCAAAACAAGCUUGAAAAGUUCCGUUUUCUCUGUUUGAUUUCCCAUUUCUUCUUUAGUGUUUCAUUUCAAAAGCCUCCUGUUCAUCAAAAAUAUGUCAGAAAGCUCAUUUUCUUCUUAAUGGUUGGAGGAAAAGAGAAUGUGAUGCAAAAUAUUUGGCUGUCAGUUUAAUUCUGUAGUGCUAUUUUUUUAAAUGAUAAACUUCAUCCUGUAAGACAGUUACAUUUUCACAAUUGCACCAUAUAAUGUCUUCAUCUUUUUGUUUAUGGUCUUGUUUGGAGGCCUUGUUAUUAUUUUUAUAACAAUCCCUUCAGUGUCAGUAAUUCUCUGAUGACCCAUACUGAUAGGAUAUUUCUGAGUUAGCAUUGCUGAAUAGUAUUGUUCUGAGUAUUGUAAACACUUUAUGGAUGGGUAUAAUAUAUAAAUUCAUAUCUGGCCCCCAAAUCACAUUGCAGGUUCAGCAGUAAGGCUGAAGCCCUCAUUUGUUAAUACUUCUGGAAUGUUAUAAAUCAUAUUAUUAGGUUAUUAAGAAAAGAAAUUUGAAAGUUUAAAAUUUAUUCAUUGGAAGAAAUGAGAAAAUUGUUUUUAGCAAACUUAUGACUGUCUUAACAAAAAUACCCAAGCUACUGCUAAUUGAAGAGUUUCUAGAAUUAGAAAUUGUAGAAUACAAUUAUGCAUUUUGCUUCUCUUAUUCUUUUCAUGUCUUCAUUUGUUUUUGUUUUAUAUUUCUGUAUCCAGAUCGAGGCUGCUUUAUGUGGUUUUAUCUUUAUUAAAAGAUCUAUUGUGAAUUUCUUUAUAAAAUUACUGCUUCAUAGUAGGCUUGUACAUACGCUUGUUUUUAAGUUAGAUACAAACAAAACUAAUUCUAGUUGGCAUAAACACAGAAAAACUAGAAUAAUCCUAAAAUGGAAUCCUCUAAAACCUAAUUAAAAAGGUAUUCAGAAUGAAUGUUUUACAAAUCAGCAAAGAUGUGCACAAUUGGUGAAAUAGAUGCAGAAACAGCACAUUUUUAAAAGUUACAGAUUGAGUAAUGUUUCCUUCUAAAUGCUAUGCUCUUUGUAGAUCUUAUUCUGUGUAUUGACCAAUACUACCAAUAAAUGUGUUUGUGUUUUCCACAAACUUUGGUGAA